AUCAUAUGAUCACUUUUCACAUGACCCAUGGUCACUCGUCAUCGCCCAUUUUUCGCCUUUUUAUGACAGUUUUGGGCUAAAACAUUACUUUUAGUCCGUUACGUCCACAUAUUAGUCAGUAAAAAUGGCGUUUAGCCGUUUAGUGUUAUCUUUUUUAGUGUUAAGUGUCGCAUCUAGCUUUGCCUCGGUGAGUGUGCCCGUAAUCCUAUGGGGGGAUCUCGCUAAACCCUCGAUAAAAUCAAACCCUCUAUCCGAGGUAUCCGAACUCGAAUUCGAAGAUGUGCUGAAGAGCCAGUUGAACAAUGACCCGUUCACGGUUGUUUUCAUCGACGAGACCCUUUCCGUCGAGGAUCUGUCUCGCAAAAAUUCCGAAGGCGAAACACCGUUCCCCUAUUUGCACGCUAACAUCGGUUCCGCGCUGUACUUACCGUCCGUUAAGAACGCUUUGGACGUCCUGAAUAAGUUCUCCGAUUCCAACAAAGCUGAUCAUGUGACGUUAACCGAAAACGGCCUGUCCGCCGAAAUCGAGAAGGAUAGCGGCAAAUUCCUCUUCAUAACUCUCAAGGACGCGCGCGAAGGUGAAUCCAGGGCUGACAUGUUGCGCCGCCACAACGAUUUCAUGGAGGAAAUGUUCAUGAAACUUCAAAAGAACUAUGACAAUGUUGUAUCUGUGUACACUGGUCGUUUUCCUUCAUGGACUGUUCCCGAAGCCCACUCCCGCGUCCGUCGUCAGGCUGCGCCGGCUACCUACCAAAAUCCUGAGCUUAACGGUCUCCGUUUCUACACUAAGAACAUUGUGAUCACAUCCAAGACUGGCAUUACUCAUUUACAUGGAAUAACCGCUAGCAACUCAGUAAUUGACGCUACAGCUAUGAACACAACCUUGGAUUUCGGAGGCAAUCAAUCUAUUGUUCUGUAUUUCAAGCAGAACCAAGGAUACUGGUUUAUGGACACAAUCACCUACAGCCAGACCCAACCCACCGCGUUCACCGAGGAACUGAUGGGCCAGUCUGACGUGUACGCUCUCAUGGGCUUCUCGUACCGUUGUGGACAAAACGCUACCUUCAACAGCGGCAAUGAUACCAAUCAGAUGACGCUCACCUUCCAGGAUUUGAAGGUACAACCAUUCUUCAGGGAAACAAACUCGAGCGACGCGCCACCAUUCGGCGAUUCCUUCAACUGCGUCGGUUUCUUCUCCGCCCCGAUCUGGUCCGGUCUAUUUGUUGUGUUCAUACUCCUAUCUAUCACCUUCUACGGCAUCAUGAUGAUGAUGGACAUCAGAACUAUGGACCGCUUCGACGAUCCAAAGGGCAAGACUAUCACCAUCAACGCUGAAUAAGCUGGUUAGAACCUCUUUUGUGCCAUACAUUCUUUUUUUAGCUGGCCGAAAAUUUUAAAAAGUUGUUGUGACAGAUUCGUUUUUUUUAAAUGUCACUUUGACAUUUGUGUUGUGGAAAUUGGCGCGAUUUUUUUUGCGAUGAAAUGUGAUGGUACAAAAGGGAAUUUUAACAGUAAGAGGUUACAAAUUUAGCUCAAGUGAAAUAGUAUUAGUAUAAUACUUACAGAUUGUUGAAAGCGUUUUUAUAAAGUCAGUUCCCGUUGAGUAAUAUUGAUGGGCCAAAACAGUAAUUAUUUCUUAGCAAAAUAUUUUUUUAAGUCUUAUUACGGUUUUAUUUUUAUUGCUUUAAAGUGAACAGACAAAAAAUUCAUUAAUUAAUAAAUUUUUUAACUGUUUUGGUGCUGACCAUGGAGUAUAGAAUAGACUGGCGUUGCCAGAUUAAUAAUUGAAUUAAAAAGUUACUAAUAAAAACCGAAAACGUGCCUAUCUUCAAACAUUUAUUCUAUUGUAUAUUUGUGAUAGAGUAGCUUAGGUAUAUAAUAGUUGAAGCGUAUAAAAGUAUAUAUGUAUGCACAUAGAAAUGAUUAGAGCGCUUAGGCCUAAAAUUUAAAAUACCCGAAUAUUUUCAAAGACAACGAUUUCAAUAAUUCCGAGCUUUCGUAUUCGCAUAGUCGUAUAAUCGAUUUUAUUUAACGUCGAGAAAUGUGUGCCCUCCAUGCUAGUGCCAAUUUCAUUCCAUAUAUUUCGUCUAAAAACUAUGUAUUAUAUGUAAGAAUUGUAAUUAAGUGACCUUCACAAUAAUAAAGUAACCUAUAAUUCUAAAUUGUAACAGAUGAAUGGUAUUUAUUGAUUGUUGAUAAAUAAUUUAUUGUAAAGAUGGAUUACGUAAGCCAUGGUUCGAACAAAUUCAGGCUACAAAAAAAAACAACUAACGUCAAAGGGGACAUGACGCGGGAAAAAUAAAACAUGGCUGACGUAAUUGUAUUCUGUCAAAACUUAGUUGUAAGCGAAAAUAUUACAGAAAUCAAGCGAUUAAAUGUUUUAUUGAUUUAUUUUCUUGUAAAUAUAAUUUCCGAUGUUUAUUUUACAGCGUUUCUAUAUUGUUUUGUUGUUUUGAACAAGUAUUAAAUCGUGAGACCAA